UUCCCGUCGCGUCCAAUCGUCUCCCGAUCCACCCACCGGGAACCGGCUGCAGGUUCCUGCGCGUCCCCGGGGCGUUCCCGGUCAAACGAGGGGAAGAGCUCGAGUCGACUCUGUCGCAGCCCCGCCGGUGCCGUUUUGACCAGACCGACGCCGAAGUCUUCACGACCCACAGGUGGAGGAAAAUGCCUCCCAAAAAGCAACCGAUGAUGAAGGACUUGAGGAGCUUUUUUCCGAAGAAGAGUGACAAUCCUGGCGGCAGCGGCUCCCCCAGCGCAGAGAGCAGACAGCCAGCUGGCGCCACAGCGUCUAAGACUGUUACAGGCUGUCAAGUGACAGUGAAGGAGGAGAAAGACAGCUAUUCCAUGGUCGGCCAUUUACAUCAUUUCACGGUGAAAUUUGAUCACGCUAAAUCUGAGGAAUACAACAUUAACUGUCAUAAACCUUGCACAGUGCUGAAGGCAAUAACAUCAGAUGAAAAAUAUAAGACGAAGAUCAAGGGUCCAAAGGAAAACAUUGUGAUUCAGCUGGGUAAAGGGGAUCGAGAUUCGACCAUUGCAACACAUUUCCCUUGUUCUUGUAUCAGCAAUGGUGAGUCUCUGAUCAUGUCGUUUAAAUCAGAAAAGAUCGAAGAGGCCGGUGACCAACAUGACGAAAUGAUACAUCCGAGAGACAAAUAUUCAGUCUUCUACAUUGAUCGAGAUGGAGGGCUGAACACCAAAACAAAGAAGCUUUUUAGGAGCAGUGCUGUCAGACAGUUCAAGCGUCUCUGUGUUUACGGAGAGACGGGGAUGACUGUGAAAGAAGCUCUGAAAAGAGACGGUCGCUUCAUCGAUUCCCUCUGCGACUUCCAUCUGUCCGACAAUGAGAAUCCAAAUAUCCUCACUGCUUGUACACAAACCGUUGACAACCUAGAUGGGAAAGUAUUCAAGAUACGUUCUCACCAGAACAAGAGAGAAAACGAUGAGAAGCAGCAGAAGAACCCAGGUGCGUCAGCUAGUUUGAGCAGAAACAGGCCCCUCCUAGAGGUAGUACGGCAGAGUGGAAUCAGUGUAAAAAGAGCACUGGAGGAGAAGGCCGACAGCAGCAGCGACACUGAGGAGAUUUCUGAAAUACUGCGUCAGCAGUUUCCCGACCUGAAAAAAUGGAUGGAGGAAAGAUUCCCUCGUGAUUCUUUUCAGGAAGCGCUGACCCUGAAGAAGGAGAAUUUUGGAAAGAUCCAACAGUCUUUUAGUGAAGUUCACAGAGUCAGGAAGCUGCUAAACCUGGGCAAGUCCGUUUGUAAAGUCGUCGUUGAGAAUGUCUGUCAGGGAACAGGCUUUGUGCUGUUCGAUAACUUCAUCCUGACUAACGCACAUUUAUUUGAACGUGUCGUUCGGGGACAAAAGUUGCACGAGGAUGUAAAUGUGUUUGCUCUGUUUGACUAUGAUGGUCCCGAGCCUGUCACAGAUUUCUACUACUUCAGUUGUAAGAAAACAUUCAUUGACUCUGACAACGCGAUAGAUUAUGCCAUACUCGAGCUCAACCCUGAGGGCCAGCAAGUCGGCAACAAAAACGGGACAGGGAAACUAAAAGUACCGCCAGGGCUCCUGAAGAAAUUCGGUCGAGUCCCUCAGAGUGGCGAAGCCUGUAUUAUUGGUCACCCAGAGGGUGGAGUGAAAAAAAUGGAUCCUACAUGUGUCAUUGAGAAAGAGGCAAGGGAGCAGGCUGUCAGUGAUCACAUACAUCCGUACAAAGACAGUAUGUUCAUUGUCCAAUCCAUCAUUAAAGUGAUCCAAGAUCAGGGCAUUGCAAACAUAAUGAAGGGUGGAGAUCAAGCAGACAAAGUAGUGACCUACAACACUUUCAUGUAUGGCGGCUCUUCUGGCUCCCCGGUGUUUGAUGCUCAUUGUCGGGUUUUUGGUUUGCACUCCGCAGGAUUCGAUUAUGGGUUUCCAAAGCGCAAGGUGCGUGAUAGAGUUCGCCCAUCCUCUGCUCACUAUAUUUGAAAAGGUUGUGGGUAAUCUGAAGGAAAAGGGAAACCAGGAGCUGUUGAAGAGAUUUGAGGAGAAAGCAAAGGGAAACGAAUACCUGGAAGAGGUACUGCAGGCUA